AUGGACUCGGUAAUUAGAAAUAUAGGAUUAAAUUGGAUUUCUGAAAAAGCUUAUCAUUUCAAAGAUUCUCCUUAUGUAGAAUAAUCAUUCUAAAAAUUGGAAGAGAACAUAAAAGAUUUACAAGAAAAGCUACAAAAAGAAAUAAAUAGAAUAAUCACUAAUACUCCUUAAGAAGAUACUGUUAGUAUAUAAUUCUACACAUAUGAACAAGCUGUUAAAAAUAAUCUUAAUAUUCCGUCUUAUAUACCUAAAAAUAUCAAUAUUAGGUGGAUUAAAUUGGGUUCAUUUGAUGAAGGAGGUCCUUGUGGAGAAAAUAAUACUUUUAUUGAAAAAGAAGUAUAGUUAGGAGUUCGUAUAACAAAUAUUCACACUUCUGGAAAAUCUCUUAUUUUUUACGAUGUUUAACAAGAAGGGGUACAUUUAUAAAUUCUCUGCAAUAAGCAAUUUUAUGAAAAAGAAUCAGAUUUUAACCAAAUUAAUUCACUUUUCAAAACAGAAGAUAUUAUAGGAGUUACAGGAAGACCCCACAGAAAUAAAAAUGGAAAACUUUCAAUUUUUGUAAAUAAAAUAAUUCUCCUUUCUCCCUGUCUUCAUAUGCUCCCUUCUUUACAGAGUGGCCUUAAAGAUUAAGAUACAAGAUAUAGGAAAAGAUAUUUAGACUUAAUUACUAAUCAAGAAAUAAGAAAUAUAUUCAUUACUAGAACUAAAGUUAUCUAAUACUUAAGAAACUUCCUAAAUAAUAGAAAUUAUCUUGAAGUAGAAACGCCACAAAUAAACAUGAUUCCAGCAGGAGAGGCUACAUUAGGAGGUAUUGAACGAGUAUAUGAAAUAGGAAAAAGUUUCCGAAAUGAAUCUAUAGAUAGAACCCAUAAUCCAGAAUAAACUUCAUGUGAAUUGUAUCAAGCAUAUGCAGAUUAUGAAUAUAUGAUAGAAAUUGUCGAAACUUUCCUUUCUGGAUUAGUAAAGGAAAUAACAGGUUCUUAUAAAAUUAAUUUUCAUCCAUAAGAGAAAAAUUAUAAAACUGAAAAUUUCUACGAAAUAGACUUUACUCCUCCUUUUAAAAGACUUCCAAUUAUGCCAGCUUUAAGUGAAAAAUUAGGUGCAAUAAAAUUUCCUGAAAAUCUUGAAAAAGUAGAUUGCAGAAAUCCCACAUUUAUUACUGAUUACCCUAAUUUUAUGUCUCCUUUGGCUAAAUAUCAUAGAAAUAAACCUUCUGUUAAUGAAAAAUUUUAACUUUUUGCCAAUUUUUAUUAGCUUUGUAAUGGAUUUACUGAAAUCAAUAAUCCUUUUGUCUAAAGAAAAAACAUGUUAUAAUAAAUUAGUGAUAAAAAUAAAAGAGAUAAUAAAGCUAUACUAUAUGAUAAGGAGUUUUGUGAAUGUUUGGAACAUGGAUUAUGUCCUGCGGCUGGGUGUAGAUUUGAAAUUGAUAGGAUUAUUAUGCUUUUAACUGAUAAUAUUAAUAUUUAAGAAGUUUUGCUUUUUCCAGCUAUAAAACCUAUUAUUUGA